GAGAGGUAGAGAGACACUGGUUGGUAACAGUAGCGGUUCACGGGUAUGGAGUAGCCGCGUCUUGUGCUCGGCGUCGGGGACCAAGAAAACGUGCAUCGGGGCUGAAACCACCAGUUGGGGAUUACGGAGAAACCUCCCGACGAUGUGUUGUGUUCUGUAGCUCUAAAAUCAGUUUGAAGGAAGCGAUAGAGACGCUGCGAUUUCUAUUUAGCUUUGAAAAUGGCGAACGAAUCUCCUGCUAAAAGUCUUGUGGAAAUAGACCUCGCAUCUCUCCGGGACCCUGCUGGGAUCUUCGAGCUGGUGGAGGUGGUCGGCAAUGGGACCUAUGGACAAGUCUACAAGGGUCGACAUGUCAAGACCGGCCAGCUGGCGGCCAUCAAGGUCAUGGACGUCACAGAGGACGAGGAGGAAGAGAUCAAACUGGAGAUCAACAUGUUGAAGAAGUACUCCCACCACAGGAACAUAGCUACGUACUACGGAGCCUUCAUCAAGAAAAGCCCCCCGGGUCACGAUGACCAGCUCUGGCUGGUGAUGGAGUUCUGUGGUGCUGGCUCCAUCACAGACCUGGUGAAAAACACCAAGGGAAACACACUGAAGGAGGACUGGAUCGCCUACAUCUCUCGAGAGAUCCUCAGGGGAUUGACUCAUCUUCACGCCCAUCAUGUGAUCCAUCGAGACAUCAAAGGACAGAACGUUCUUCUGACGGAGAAUGCCGAGGUCAAGCUUGUGGACUUCGGGGUGAGUGCUCAGCUGGACCGAACGGUGGGUCGGAGGAACACCUUCAUCGGGACACCUUAUUGGAUGGCCCCCGAGGUCAUCGCCUGUGACGAAAACCCUGAUGCAACAUACGACUACCGGAGUGAUCUGUGGUCUUGUGGAAUCACGGCCAUCGAGAUGGCCGAGGGGGCUCCGCCGCUGUGUGACAUGCAUCCAAUGAGAGCCCUCUUCCUGAUUCCCAGGAACCCGCCCCCUCGUCUCAAGUCCAAAAAAUGGUCCAAGAAGUUCUUCAGCUUCAUCGAGGGCUGCCUGGUGAAGAACUACACCCAGCGACCCCCCACGGAGCAGCUGCUCAAGCACCCCUUCAUCAGGGACCAGCCCAACGAGAGGCAGGUCCGCAUCCAGCUCAAGGACCACAUCGACCGCACCAAGAAGAAGAGGGGCGAGAAGGAUGAGACGGAGUAUGAGUACAGUGGAAGCGAGGAAGAGGAAGAGGAGACACCUGAACAGCAAGGGGAGCCCAGCUCCAUCGUCAACGUUCCGGGCGAGUCCACGCUGCGGCGCGACUUCAUCCGCCUGCAGCAGGAGAACAAGGAGCGCUCGGAGGCGCUGCGGCGCCAGCAGCACCUGCAGGAGCAGCAGCUCCGCGAGCAGGAGGAGUACAAGAGGCAGCUCCUCGCCGAGCGGCAGAAGCGCAUCGAGCAGCAGAAGGAGCAGCGCAAGAGGCUGGAGGAGCAACAGCGCCGCGAGCGGGAGAUGCGGCGGCAGCAGGAGCGCGAGCAGCGGCGCCGGGAGCAGGACGAGAAGCGGCGGGUGGAGGAGGUGGAGCGCCGCCGCAAAGAGGACGAGGACCGCCGGAGGGCCGAAGACGAGAAGCGGAGGGCCGACCGUGAACAGGAGUAUAUCCGUCGCCAACUGGAGGAGGAGCAGAGGCACCUAGAGAUGCUGCAGCAGCAGCUGCUCCAUGAACAGGCCAUGCUCCUGGAGUGCAAGUGGAAGGAGCUGGAGGAGCAAAGACAAGCUCAGAAGCUCAAGAAACAGCUGGAGGAGGAGCAGGCGUCCCUCCUCUCUCUCCAGCAGCAUCAGCAGGCCGGCAGACCCCCGCAGACCGCCCUAUCAGCUAGGGGCGGUCAGGUGGAGGUGGUCCAUGAGAGGACCCCACCCUCCCAGCUCCAAGACCCCGCCCCUGACUCUGAGCCAAUCAGAGAGGCUGACGAGCGCUACCGUAAGAAUAUCCAGGGCUCCCCCCAGACCAAGCCGCCCCCGCCGCCCCCCCGCUCAGAGUCCUCCCACCCCAAUGGCCCCGCCCCCACAGAGACCCCCGCCCUGCACCGGCCCAUGGAGCCCCAGGUGCGCUCCAACAUGGCCGCCUUAAAGAGCAACACCAGCAUGGCAGCUUCCUCCACCUCUUCCUCCUCCUCCACCUCUUCCUCAUCAUCCGCUAGCGCCCCUCCCUCUGCGACCCACUCCCACCCCAGCUUCCCAAACCAUCACCUCCGCUCCAAGCAGGACCAUCUCAACCAACACCAACACAACCAUCCAUCUUCAUCAUCAUCAUCAUCAGCAUCAUCAACACCCCAUCGCACUGACCUGCCACCCCACCCCCAGACUAGACCCUCCCCCAGCAACCCCUCAGCCCCCCCAGAGGAGCUCCCACCCAGGGUUCCAAUGAGAACCACCUCCAGGUCUCCCGUGUUGUCAAGGCGAGAGUCUCCUCAGCACCAGGGCAACGCACCGCCCGGCCACCAGGCGGCCCAGCGCAACGCCAUCAGUGCUGCAGAGCCCAGGAUGCUGUGGGACAGGGUGGAGCGCUUGGUGUCGCGGCCGGGGGGCGUGCCCAGCGGGGGGUCUAGCAGCUCCAGCUCCUCCAACAGCUCCACCAGCAGCUCCAGUAAGACCCCCACCCAGCAGGCGUCUGGGGACAAGAUCAGGCCCCGCACCUCCUCCAAGUCAGAGGGUUCCCCCCUCCAGAAGCCCCCCGCUGAGGAGAGGAGAGAGCAGAGCAGACCCUCCCGUACUGCGGACCUGACCGCGCUGGCCAAGGAGCUGCGGGCGGUGGAGGAGGUGUCCCCGCCCCACAAAGUGACCGAGUACUCCUCGUCCAGCGAGGAGUCGGGCACCACCGACGAGGAUGACGAUGAGGAGGUGGACCAGGACGGAGGGGAGGAGUCCACCUCGGGGCCGGAGGACCCGCGGGCUGGCUCGUCCCGGGUGAGUAACGGGGAAAACGCAUCGGCGAAGACCAUGGUUGUCCAGGACGACGGGGAUGACGCCGGCUCCACGCCGUGUAGAGACCGUACCCUGAUGGUCAGACAGAGCCCAGGGUCGUCCAUGGGGUCAGGGGUGGUGCACAGCAACCACGCCCUGCUCCCCGGGUUCUCCCCAGGGUCCGGCAGCCCCCACACGCCCAGCCCCCACCACCCCCACCCUCACCCCCACCCCCACCCCCACCAACACCCACACCCACACCACCCGGACCGCAACGGCUUCGCCGGCCGCAUCCACCUCCUCCCAGAUCUGAUUCAGCAGAGCCACCACCCCUCCUCCCCUGCCUCCUCCACCUCCUCGCCCAUCUCCUCCCCCCCCUCCAGCCUGGGCAGCCCCUGCCCCGUCUCCCCCCACAUCCCCCUGGACCAGCUGGCCAUCUUCCUGGAGAGCCAGUCCAACAGCAGCACGAUGCAGAAACACAAGUCGUCCUCCUCGUUCACGCCGUUCAUCGACCCCCGCCUCCUCCAGGUCUCGCCCUCCGCCGGGGCACUCAACAAUGUUGGCUACGCUAACGACGCCCGGCUAGCGGAGGCGCUGCGGCUCGACCCCUCCCGGAAGGGCUCGGUGGUCAACGUGAACCCCGUCAACACGCGCCCCCACAGCGACACGCCCGAGAUCCGCAAGUACAAGAAGAGGUUCAACUCCGAGAUCCUGUGUGCUGCCCUCUGGGGAGUGAACCUGCUGGUGGGGACGGAGAGUGGGCUGAUGCUGUUGGACCGCAGCGGCCAGGGGAAGGUCUACCCCCUCAUCAACCGCCGGCGCUUCCAGCAGAUGGACGUCCUGGAGGGACUCAACGUACUCGUCACCAUCUCAGGCAAGAAGAACAAGCUGCGUGUGUACUACCUGUCGUGGCUCCGGAACAAGAUCCUGCACAACGACCCCGAGGUGGAGAAGAAGCAGGGCUGGACCACCGUCGGGGACCUGGAGGGGGCCGUGCACUAUAAAGUCGUGAAGUACGAGAGGAUUAAGUUCUUGGUCCUGGCACUGAAGAACUCUGUGGAGGUGUACGCUUGGGCUCCCAAGCCUUACCACAAGUUCAUGGCCUUCAAGUCUUUCGGGGACCUGGUCCACAAGCCCCUGCUGGUGGACCUCACGGUGGAGGAAGGUCAGAGGUUGAAGGUCAUCUACGGCUCCUACUCAGGCUUCCACGCCGUCGACGUGGACUCCGGGGCCGUGUACGACAUCUACCUCCCCACACACAUCCAGAGCAGCAUCCAGUCGCACGCCAUCAUCAUCCUGCCCAACACGGACGGCAUCGAGCUGCUGGUGUGCUACGAGGACGAGGGCGUCUACGUCAACACCUACGGCCGCAUCACCAAGGACGUGGUGCUGCAGUGGGGCGAGAUGCCCACCUCCGUCGCCUAUAUCCGCUCUAACCAGAUCAUGGGUUGGGGGGAGAAGGCGAUAGAGAUCCGCUCGGUGGAGACGGGUCACCUGGACGGGGUCUUCAUGCACAAGAGGGCCCAGAGGCUGAAGUUCCUCUGUGAGAGGAACGACAAGGUGUUCUUUGCGUCUGUGCGCUCUGGCGGCUCCAGUCAGGUGUACUUCAUGACCCUGGGACGCACAAACCUGCUCAGCUGGUAGGAGGCCCCGCCCCCUCCUGACCACGCCCCUUACACCGCCACCAACACUGGAUCCCACAGCCCAGCGUCUCCGGACACCCCGGGUACACAGAUAAACAAACAAAUGAACUAACAACCAACAGAAGGACGUCGUCCACAGGCUGGGGGGGGUCGCCUGACCCCCCGGUGGGCGACGUUUGGACCCCCCCCCCCAGAUAUAGAGGAAGAUAAUAACCAACACUGACACGGAAGGAAAAAAUGAAUAUUAAAUGUGAAUACUCAAGUUUUUUUUUCCACUAGUUUUUUUUUAUUUGCUUUUGCGGGAAGCGGGAGGGAAGGAGGGACAGCGUUGAGUUCCCAUGGCAACGGGAGGAGGCUCGACAGCUCGUCAAAGUACCGUUACUAUGACGACCUUCUCCACCCCUGAAGCCUCGUCCCCGUUUACUCCCUGGCUUCACCCCCCCUCCUCCCGUAUGGAUGCGGUUUGGGGGGCAGAGUCUGUAUGUAAAUGUAUCUUAUUUAGUUCCAAUGACUGUUGACCUGAUUGUCCGCGUGUUCACGGCGGCCAAUCAGAGAAGGGGGGAGGGGAACAUUUGGCGAGCACGGGAGCCAAUGAAUGAGCUUGGGGGGGCCCCCAGGUUGUCACGGCGACAGCAGUGUAGGAGGGGCCCAUUGAAGAUUUACUGUAAGUGUGCUAGUAUGUAACGGGGACUAACUAUGGGUAUGUAUGUGUGUUGUUGGGUAUUGUGUCAUACAGCUGUAGCCAAUCAGCGUCCAGAAAGAAAACGGAGAUGUUGAAAGUGGAGUGGAGAAUAGUAUUUUUUUGAAUGAUUAUAAUGGAUAUUAUUCCCUGGAGAUAAGUGUAACUAUGUGGAGUUAAACAUGUCUUUUACCUUGUUUUUAAAGAUUUACACGAUUUAAAACGCGGUCCACUGUUUGCUUGCUUUUCGCCCGGCGACCCGCAAACAGGGAGAUGGUUUGAAUGGAGAAGGCCUCUGUUGGUUGUGGGGACGUUGUGGGUACGUUGUGGGUACGUUGCAUAAACUAUAGUGUCUAUGUGUAAUAAAAGAUCAUUAAACCUAUUCCUCUCUCCUCUCUCAU